AUGGCAUUUGCUGUGAAGGAAAUCAAUAAAAAUCUCCAUCUCUUACCUAAUGUCACCUUGGGCUUGCAUAUCUGGAACAGCUACUUCAAUGCAAGGAAGACCUAUCGUGCCACAGUAGAACUUGUCUCAACCAAGAACAGAUUUCUCCCUAACUACAAGUGUGACAGCAAGAACAAUCCUAUAGCAGUCAUUGGAGGACUUGAACCUGAAACUUCCCACUACAUAGCAACUGUGUUAGCUGUCUACAAUAUUCCACAGACACGGCCCGUUUCUGUCUGCACUCCAAGUUGCCACCCAGGUUACAGGAAGGAAAUGAAGGAGGGAGAACAAUUCUGCUGCUAUGGCUGCGUUCCUUGUCCAGAAGGAAAGAUAUCCAGUCUGAAGGACAUGGACGCGUGCAUCACUUGCAGAGAAGAUGAAUAUUCAAACAUAGGAAAAAAUCAAUGCAUUCCCAAAGACAUUGCUUUCUUAUCUUACAAAGAACCACUGGGGAUCACUUUAGUGACUUUUGUCCUUUUCUUUUCUUUCAUCACCCUUUUGGUGCUAGCAAUCUUUAUAAAGCACCACAGCACCCCCAUUGUCAAAGCCAACAACAGGAACCUUACCUAUUCUCUCCUGAUCUGCCUCCUCCUUUGCUUCCUUUGUGCUCUGCUCUUCAUUGGUCAACCGCAACGGGUGUCCUGUCUCCUCCAACAAACCAUUUUUGGCAUCGUCUUCUCAGUUGCCAUUUCUUGUGUGCUGGCAAAAACUAUUAUGGUGGUUUUGGCUUUCCUAAGCAUUCAGCCAGGAAGCAGUUUGAGGAGGUGGGUGGGGAGAAGAGUGGGCAAUUCAAUUGUGAUUUCCUGUUCCCUUUUCCAAGCAGUCCUUUGCUUUGUGUGGCUGAUCACUUCCGCUCCAUUUCCAGAUGUUGACAUGCACUCGGAAGCUAAAGCAGUUGUACUGCAGUGCAAUGUAGGGUCUGUCCCCAUGUUUUACUGUGUCCUGGGCUACAUGGGCUUCCUGGCCAUUGUUAGCUUUGUGGUGGCUUUCUUAGCUAGAAGAUUACCUGACAGUUUUAAUGAAGCCAAAUUUUUCACUUUCAGUCUCUUGGUCAUUUGCAGUGUUUGGAUAUCCUUUGUUCCCACCUACCUGAGCACCAAGGGGAAAUACACUGUGGCUGUGGAGAUCUUCUCCAUCUUAGCCUCCAGCGCAGGCCUUCUGGGUUGUAUCUUUGCCCCCAAAUGUUUCAUUAUUAUGUUAAGGCCUGAUCUGAACAACAGGGAACAUCUGAUAAGAAGGAAUAGCGUGCUGACUAAUCAUUAUCAACAUGUCUUGGCCAUGACAUUUGCUGUGAAGGAAAUAAAUGAAAAUCUCCAUAUUUUACCCAAUGUCACCUUGGGCUUGCAUAUCUGGAACAGCUACUUCAAUGCAAGGAAGACCUAUCGUGCCACAGUAGAACUUGUCUCAACCAAGAACAGAUUUCUCCCUAACUACAAGUGUGACAGCAAGAACAAUCCUAUAGCAGUCAUUGGAGGACUUGAACCUGAAACUUCCCACUACAUAGCAACUGUGUUAGCUAUCUACAAUAUUCCACAGGUGGACGUGGAUUGGGGUCAUUGCUGUGGAUGA